GGUGCCUCUAAGCGCAUCUCAUUUCAUCUCUCUCCCUGCAUCACCGCCUCCUCCCCUCCUGUUCCCACUGCAAAAUGCUGGACCUCGACCUUCUCCUGCAUCCUGGCAUCCACCGGGUUCUAUCUUCGCACUGCGAUUCUGCAAAAUCAGGCCCAGAAAAAGCCUUUAAAAAAAAAUAAUAAUAAUAAUAGCCACUUUCUUUCCUCUCUAUUUCUUCCUUGACUGAGCCUGCUCUCCUCAGCAUCACCCCCCACCCCUGUUCAAAAGCUGGGCAAUGGUAUCGCCCCAGCUCCAUCAGCGGAGAGAUAUGCUCUAGAUGUUGCUGGAACGUAGGAGCAUUAUUGCAGGCUGCGGCAGAGGCAGAAGUGGUGCCCACCCGAGAGAGGUAAUCCUAGCCCAGCUGGCUGCUAAAAGAGGAGACUGAAUCUGCUCGCCUCCAUCCUUCCUCUCUGAAGGGGAAUUAUCCGAGUGAGGAGCGUCACUUAAGAGGAAAAGAUGACGCAGGGGAAGCUCUCUGUGAACAACAAGCCUGCAAAUUCUGAAGGGCAGCAGGGAAAUGCUGAACGAAAGCAACCUAGUGCCCCAGCAGUACCACCAACCUAUGAAGAGGCAACCUCAGCAGAAGGGAUGAAAGCAGGGGCCUUUUCUCCCCCGCUGAAUGUCCCUCUCCAUCCCACUUGGGCAUACGUGGAUCCCCAUUCCAGUCCUAACUAUGGAAGUGGAUACUCAGGGGAAACUGAGACCCUCACAACGUUCAGCUGGGAUGACCAGAAUGUGCGCAGAGUAUUCAUCAGGAAGGUUUAUAGCAUCCUUCUACUUCAGCUCCUUGUUACCGUCAGCAUUGUGGCCAUCUUCACUUUCUGUAAACCAGUUCAAGGAUAUGUCCAAGCAAAUCCAGCCUGGUACUGGGCUUCCUAUGCUGUUUUCUUUAUCACCUAUUUGAUCCUUGCCUGCUGCUCUGGACCAAGGAGGUAUUUCCCAUGGAACCUGAUCCUCCUCAGCAUCUUUACUCUGUCCAUGGCUUACCUGACAGGAAUGAUCUCCAGCUACUACAAUACCACGUCUGUCCUCCUCUGCCUGGGCAUUACAGCUUUGGUUUGCCUUUCCGUCACCAUAUUUAGCUUCCAGACCAAGUAUGACUUUACCUCUUGCCAGGGGGUGCUCUUUGUGAUGCUGAUGGUGCUGCUGUUUAGUGGGAUCAUACUGGCUUUUACACUUCCUUUCCAUUAUGUGCCAUGGCUGCAGGCCAUUUAUGCUGUUCUGGGUGCAAUUGUAUUUACAAUGUUCCUGGCCUUUGAUACCCAGCUCCUGAUGGGGAACCGUCGCUAUGCCAUGAGUCCAGAGGAAUACAUCUUUGGAGCCCUCAACAUAUACCUGGACAUCAUCUACAUAUUUUCUUUUCUCCUGCAGAUCUUUGGAAGCAGUCGAGACUGAGCAGUCGAGGCUUAGCCUCUAGGCCCUGUGUCUGAUAAAACAGAAAUAUAUUUAGAAAGAGAAAGAGAGAGAUUUAUAAUAAUACAACAAGCAAGAAAGGAGAGAGGAAAGAGAAGUAACCUCUCAGUCCUUUAGCGAGCUUUAUUGCGUCAAGUGAGCGUUUGCUCACCCACUGGUCUACUUGAGCUCCCGAUGCAGCCAUGUGUGUAUGUGUGUGUGUGUGUGUGAGCAUACACGUGUGUGUGUGUGUGCGUGUGUGUGUGUGUAUUUAUAUACACAUGCUCUUAGGGUAAACUGGUAUAUAUGCUAGUCUUUCCCUUGCUUUCAUCUGCUUUCAAUAUGUAUACUGAAAUUAGUGUAGCAAUAGUGGAAAGAACACUGAGGAGAAAAAAAAAAUACUAUUGAUUUUAACUUAAAACCGAACAAAUGAAGAAAUGAAAUAGUCAGAAACUUAAGUUUGCUAUAUCCAAAGUGAGCAGGUUGUAAAAAAUCCCGAAAAUUUAUGUGAAGUUCAUUUUGUAUGAUGCGAAUUGUUCCAAAUUUCAGAGUUCUGGCACAAUCCUAGUCUGCAUAUUGUUGUUUCUACUUAUAUCUGCCCCCGCAAAGAUUUUAUCUGCUGAAAUUUCUUGGUAUUCUUUAGGGGCCUUCAUUUUGGCUAGACCGUUGAGGCACCCCUGCUGAAAUCAUUUUAUCUGGCCUACCCAUUUAAUUUGCCAAUUUCUAGUUGAGGAUCUCUUUCCAAAAAAAAAAUCAGUUAUUUUGCAUAUUUUUGAACCUCAUAAAAAUGAUCUUUGUGGUCUUGCUUAACCAAGGACAAUGUUGGAGCUGGUUAUGCUCUGGUCCCAAUCACUGGUAGAACCACUGUUUGCUUUCCUUGCACAUGUGCUUCUGCUAUAUCACGUCUUCCACUUGUCCUUGCUCUACCCCCACCCAAACAUAAGUUCCUUGGGACAUUGGUGGUAGUGCAGAGGAGAUCUUUUCAGGAGCUUAUCAGAGCCCAGAAGAUGACAAGGCAAUCAGCAAAUAAGAGAACCAUCGUCGAUUUGAGCACAUUCUUAUUAUCCCAUUAUUUUGUGAGUGGGUAUUGAGUGGGCUUUAUAGAAGAAGGAGCGCACCUUAUGGCUGUUUCAUACAUAUUGUACAUAAUGAAAUGUAAAGAGGAUUUCUGAAAAGGAUUUAUUCAUUCCCUGCAAGAGUCUUCGAUAACUUUGCACUUUCCCCAUAAUAAUCCUUUAGAUAGAAGACGAAGGGACAUAGAUGGCUUACUUCUCCUUUAAGACAUUUUUGUAACCCUGAUCACUUUUACCCAUUAAAAAGUAUCUUGCUACUUGUCCUGUGCAA